AUGAGUGCCAUCAAUGGCGGCCCCGAGCCGCAACAGCAAUCGCCUCCAGCGCAUAUGGCGACCACGACAUUGAAAGUGGACGGAAUGACCUGUGGCGCCUGCACUUCGGCCGUCGAGUCCGGAUUCAAGGGUGUGGACGGCGCCGGUGCUGUGUCAGUCAGCUUGAUGAUGGGCAGAGCUGUGGUACAUCAUGAUCCGGCCAAAUUGUCUCCCGAAAAGAUUGCGGAGAUCAUUGAAGACCGUGGGUUCGACGCCGAAGUCCUCUCAACCGACAUGCCCCGACCUGCUCCUUUUUCCACAACACAGAAUAAUUCCAAGGAAGCGUCCGAUUCGGGACCUCAGAUCACCACUACAACCAUAUCCAUACAAGGGAUGACAUGUGGGGCCUGUACAUCCUCUGUGGAAGCUGGCUUCAAGGAUGUGCCAGGUGUAAAGAGGAUGAAUGUGUCAUUGCUCGCCGAACGAGCGGUCGUUCAACAUGAUGCAAUUGUUAUCACCGCCGAUGCAUUGGCUGAAAUCAUCGAAGACCGAGGUUUCGAGGCCACAGUUGUGGACUCGAAAUUGCAAGAAACUGCGAAGUCUGCGCGCGCGGGCACUGACGAUCCCGGGCACGCUACGUGGAUGACCACCGUUGCAAUUGAAGGGAUGACUUGUGGAGCCUGCACCUCCUCCGUCGAAGGUGCUUUUAAGAGUGUUCCCGGAUUGGCGCGGUUCAAUAUAAGUUUGCUCGCAGAACGGGCAGUCAUUGCUCAUGAUCCUGUGGCUUUACCCUCCGAAAAGAUCGUUGAAAUCAUUGAAGAUUCCGGAUUCGACGCCAAGAUCGUGUCCUCUCAGGCUGAAACCACGAUGCCAAAUAUUUCUGUUACUUCGCAACAACUAAAAAUCUAUGGCCUUCCGGAUGGCCAAACUGCAAUCGACCUGGAGAACCAACUGAGAUCAAAGCCCGGAGUCAAAAAUGCCGUCAUCACUUUAUCCACAUCUCGAGCCACCGUCACGUAUGACCCUACAAUCGUGGGUCUUCGACUGAUUGUCGAUACUAUCGAAGCAGCCGGCUUCAAUGCUUUGGUGGCGGACUCCGAGGACAACAACGCGCAACUAGAGUCCUUGGCCAAGACCAAAGAAAUCCAGGAAUGGCGGCGAGCGUUCCUGACAUCUCUGGCAUUUGCCAUUCCGGUGUUUUUAAUCAGCAUGAUCAUACCCAUGUGUUUCCCCUCGAUCGAUUUCGGUGCCUUUGAAAUCAUACCAGGCUUGUUUUUGGCCGAUGUGGUGUGCUGCGCUUUGACAGUUCCUGUUCAAUUUGGCAUCGGAAGGCGAUUCUACGUCUCAGCAUACAAGAGUCUGAAACAUAAAUCCCCGACAAUGGACGUUUUGGUAGUGCUCGGUACUUCGGCGGCAUUCUUCUUCAGCUGUUUCGCAGUCAUUGUAGCGGUUUUAAUUCCUCCUCAUAACAAACCGGGAACAGUCUUCGACACCAGCACAAUGUUGAUCACAUUCAUCACCCUAGGCAGGUGGCUGGAGAAUCGAGCAAAAGGCCAAACAUCAAAGGCAUUGUCCAACUUGAUGUCUCUCGCACCCAGCAUGGCCACCAUCUAUGAAGAUCCAUUAUACGCAGAGAAGCUUGCCGAUGCUUGGUCGGCCCCCUCGUCGCCCGUCCUCGAGAAAACUCCCACGGGUGAUGCUAGGAAAGAAGGGCAUUCGGGCCCUGCAGGCCCGUCCGCCAUUGAAAAAGUCAUCCCGACCGAACUGAUCGAAGUUGGAGAUGUCGUCAUUCUUCGGCCUGGCGACAAAAUUCCCGCCGAUGGAGUCGUCACGCGUGGUGAGAGCUUUGUGGAUGAAAGCAUGGUCACGGGAGAAGCCAUGCCUAUCUUGAAAAAGAAAGGCAGCGCCCUCAUGGCUGGAACAGUCAAUGGCGCUGGCAAGGUCGACUUUAAGGUUACCCGUGCUGGAAAAGAUACACAACUUAGUCAGAUUGUGAAUCUAGUCCAAGAGGCGCAAACUAGUCGAGCCCCGAUUCAACGGAUGGCCGAUCUGGUCGCCGGCUAUUUCGUACCCAUCAUCGUUUUGCUCGGCCUGGUCACCUUUGUCGGGUGGAUGAUCUUGAGCCAUACCAUGCCCAAUCCUCCCAAGAUUUUCACUGACAAACGAAGCGGUGGAAAAUUCAUGGUCUGUCUGAAACUUUGCAUUUCUGUCAUUGUUUUCGCCUGCCCUUGUGCUUUGGGCUUGGCCACUCCAACCGCGGUCAUGGUGGGAACCGGUACUGCCUCUCAGCACGGAAUCCUGGUCAAGGGAGGUGCGGCACUGGAGACGGCAACUCGAAUCACCCAUAUCGUCCUCGACAAGACCGGAACUCUUACAUUCGGCAAGCUUAAAGUGGCCGAUACACGGAUCGAGUCUCUUUGGGCCUCCAACGAUUGGCGGGUGAAAUUGUGGUGGACCCUUAUCGGCCUUGCUGAAUCAGGCUCUGAACAUCCCAUUGCUAAAUCGAUUCUCGCUGCGGCAAGGGACAAGCUCAAUCUGGACCCUGAGGAAGCUCUCCCUGGCCAAGUCGGAACAUUUGGAGUGACGGUUGGCCAAGGUGUGUCGGCCAUUAUUGAACUCGAUACUCCCGGAGGCGAGAGCCGAUACCAAGUUUAUGUCGGAAAUGCGACCUUCCUUCACAGGAAAAAUAUCGAGAUUCCGUCUCAUGUGGAGGAUGAAGUCAACUCUGCCUUGUCACCCGUGACGAGAACGAAGUCAAAGACUGGGAUUACCACUAUCUAUGUCGCCAUCAAUGGCCAAUAUGCUGGAACCCUCGGGCUCUCAGACACGUUGAAACCUACGGCUCCGGCCGCGAUCACUGCAUUACAUAAGAUGGGCAUUAGGACAUCUUUGGUUACUGGUGACACUUACAACACAGCUCUCAGCAUUGCACAGCUUGUUGGCAUCCCCAAGGAGUCAAUCCGAGCGUCUGUAUCUCCGGGUGACAAGCAAUCAAUUGUGGCCGACCUGCAAUCUCAAGGCGAAAUGGUCGCCAUGGUCGGAGACGGUAUCAAUGACUCUCCAGCCCUCGCAACUGCAAAUGUGGGUGUCGCUUUGGUCUCAGGAAGUGACAUCGCCGUUGAAGCUGCCGAUAUCGUCAUCAUGCGAUCAGACGACCUACUCAAUAUCCCGGCUGCCCUACAUCUCUGUCGUGUCAUUUUCCGUCGUAUCAAGAUGAACCUGAUCUGGGCAUGUGCAUACAAUGUCAUCGGUCUCCCUUUCGCCAUGGGUAUCUUCUUGCCUUUUGGAUACCACAUGCCACCUCUGAUGAGUGCAACCGCAAUGAUGUUCAGUAGUAUUAGCGUCACGCUGUCCAGCCUUGCACUCAGAUGGGCAGGGAGACCGAAAUGGUUAUCUGUCGAAGCGUUGGAGAUGGAGAGUCCAAAGGUCAGCAUACCUACUCGAGGGUACAGCAAGAAGCCGACCAGCUGGGUUAGCAAAGUCGGUGACACGGUGUCUGAUAUCUUUGAUGGCGCCAUGGGCAAGAGAAGGAGUUGGCUUUGGAGAGUGGCAGAGGGAAGGGAAAGGGGCAAUUAUGUUCCUCUUCGGCCUGUAGAGGUUGGAGAGGUUGUCUAG